GCGUCCCUUCGCCUUCGAGAUGAUUGCUCCUAGUACGCUCGUUCUCGCUCUCUGUGUACUGGUGGUGGGCACACCCGUCCGUCGAAGCCUGGAGGUACACGAGACUCGAGAUGCGAUUCCCGCUGGCUUUGCUCUGCAGGGUGCUGCCGAUCCUGAUACUGUGCUGAACCUGCGUCUUGGUCUUGCGAGCAGCGAUGCGAAUGGGCUGAUCGAGGCACUUUACGACGUCAGCUCGCCCAGCAGCACGAACUAUGGUCAGCACCUGUCGAAGGCAGAGGUUGACCAAUACAUCGCACCAAAGCCGGAAACUCUUGCCGCGGUGACCGAGUGGCUCACCGAGAACAGCGUGACGGCGACUACGCUCUCUUCUGCAGGCGAUUGGCUUGCGAUCUCUGUGCCUGUCGCGCAGGCAAACACGAUGCUCGGUGCGGAGUUUGCCGUGUAUGUAGAUCAAAGCAGUGGCGAGCAGCUCGUACGCACGCUCGCGUAUUCGAUUCCCACGGACUUGAAGGGCCACCUCGAUCUCGUACACCCGACGACUACGUUCGCGGCGUCGGGAAACGCGAAGCUGCCUCUGCAGGCGACGUUGUAUUCGAGCAGUAAGAAGCGCGCGGCGGAGGCCAAUUCCGCAUGCAGUGACUACGUUGAGCCGGCAUGUCUCGAGUCGCUCUAUGGGAUACCCACGACGCCUGCGACGGAUUCGUCCAACUAUAUCGUCGUAACUGGGUACGACGAUGAAUAUCCCAGCACGACCGAUCUCCAGAACUUCCUGGAAAACUACCGCACGGACAUAUCGAGCUCGACGACGUACACCGUUGUGGAGCUAGAUGACGGGAGCUAUGACCCGAGCGAUCCUGGAGAUGAGGCCGACCUCGACAUACAGUACACGGUUGGACUCGCGACUGAUGUCCCUGUGACCUUCAUCUCCGUCGGCGAGUCGGCGAACGAUGGGGUGUAUGGGUUCUUGGACACUGCGAACUACAUCCUCGAUCUGAGCAAUCCGCCGUCAGUGAUGACGACCAGCUAUGGCUCUAACGAGGAGUAUAUCUCGAGCAGUGUUGCGAACAAGCUCUGCAUUGCAUAUGCUUCUCUGGGUGCGAUCGGCGUUUCCGUUCUGUUCGCGUCGGGAGAUGGAGGCGUGUCAGGCUCCCAGAGUGAGUCCUGCACGGACUUCGUCCCCACUUUCCCGUCGGGAUGUCCUUAUGUGACGUCCGUCGGCGCAACAACGGGCACAGACCCUGAGACUGCCGCAUCCUUCUCCGCUGGCGGGUUCUCCAACAUCUUCGCUCGCCCCUCCUUCCAAGACACCGCCGUCUCCUCUUACCUCACCUACCUCGGGAGCACGUACAGCGGGAUGUACAACACGUCGGGGCGCGCGUACCCGGACGUGUCCACGCAGGGCGAGGACUUCAUCAUCGGAUACGAGGGCGAUUUCUACGCGGUAUCGGGCACGAGCUGCGCGAGCCCGACGUUUGCGAGUGUCAUUGCGUUGCUGAAUGAUAGGCUGUUGGCGGCGGGGAAGAGCACGCUGGGGUGGCUGAACCCGUUUUUGUAUUCGACGGGCGCGUCGGCGUUGACGGAUAUCACGUCGGGAGAUAACCCGGGAUGCGAUACGAAUGGGUUCUCGGCGACCACCGGGUGGGACCCGGUCACAGGCCUGGGAACGCCGAUCUUUGACUCUCUCCUGACUGCUGUUGGACUGUAGUAUCAAGCUUCGCUAAGGGACAAAACUUGUAUGAGAGGACAGUUGGGCCGGGUACAUGCUGAAACGAAUGAAUGAGCGAUCACGAAGUUCUAGACCAGUGCGAUCCGAGAG